AGCGCGACGAGUGGACGCGCAGCCUAUCGCACAAAAGCAAUAUGGUGACUGACCAACUGAUCGGCUGUCGGGGGUGAUAGAGCGCACAUUCGAGCGGGGAAUGUUUAAUAAUAUUGUCAUUGUUAACCGUGUGCGUCGGUGAGCGCGAGUGAUGAACUUGACGUGAUCCGGAGCCUCUUCAAAGGCUAAAGAACGUGAGAACCAUGUGCGAUGUGUGUGUCGACUUUCACGAUCUUCUGCUCUCUUAUGACGAACGUUCGUCAAAGGAACAAGAUGCAUUGGCCACAUUAUGCAUAACAGAUGUGGACACAACAUUGCACUAUGUUAAUCAAUGGAUACAGAGGCAAUGUAUGUGCUGUUAUCGCGAAAUUAAGAAUUUCGAUCGGUUUAUAAGGUUAAUCCAAAGUGUCGUGCUCUGUACGUUGCAACAGUUGCAAGCUAUACAGCAAAAUGGACAGCAAACAAAUAUCACUAAGGAGACUUCUGAGGAGGGAAAGGAUGAGAGUGAAGAUAAGAGUAUUAAGCGAAAAUCGAGUGAUAGUGCAGAGCAUACGCAGGUUCAGGAGAUUCAGACGAAACAAACUUGGUCCCAGCAGGACAGAGAAAAAUUGUUUCAUCUUCUCUCAAAGAUCCUGGUACUGAAUUUCCCUCUUUAUCUCGCUAUGAAGCAUGGUGGUGUAAUCAAUCCGUUGGCUCCUGUCAAGGACGAAGGUGGUUACUGCGAGCCGCACGAUCCGGAGGUACCAGCGCCAUUGAUCCGCGCAGUAUCUAUAUUUUGCCAUCAAGGAGGUUUUAAUCUGAUGUCCGCCUGCUUCGACAUGGAGAACACACUGCCCGUUAGUCUCGCGCAUGCAAUGGUCGCGGUAGUUUGUAAUUUGAAGCUCUGGCUAAAUUACGGCAGUGUCAUACAGUUAUUCAUACCGUUGCGCAGCCGUGUCAUGAAGUACAUGUGUCGUUUGGGCGACAAGGAAUUGCGUACUCCGGCCGUUAGAACCAUGGCUGAUUUCAUGUGGAGCGCGGUGAAAGAUCCGAUUGACGCUGUACUACCGAGCUUCGAUCGUGACGGGCUCGAUCUGGCAUUCAAAUACUUCACCAGCACGACGUUGACCAUGAGGCUGGCCGGUGUGGCUCAAAUAAACGCUCACAUCACGGCGUCCAACGAACUCUGCAAUAGCGAAACUGUCGCUGAGGUGGAGCAAGUAGGACAUGCGCUUGCCGCUUGGUUAACCGAGAAUAACAUCAUAGCCCACAUAUUCGGACCAAACUUGCACGUGGAGGUGAUCAAGCAGAGUCACAUUAUACUGAGCUUCCUGGCGAUGGAAGGUAGAAUCACAUCCUCGGACAUGGACACCAUGUGGCAGGCCGCGCAGCUCAAGCACUGCGGCCGUCCGGUUUAUGAUCUGCUGGCGCCUCUGGUCAAACAUCUUGCGUCCACUCCCGUACUUCAUUUGUACUCUUUGCUAGGUAAAUUAGAACCUAAGGACCACACGGAGCAGAGUCUGUUCUUAGCGUCGGCUUUGAUCAAAUUCAUUUGGACGUCUGGUGGCUCGGUAACUUGCUCGAGAAGUAUGUCAAUGAAGAACAGAGAGAUUCUCAGGAGCUCCUCCGGCAGAGUCGGCGGUGGUAGCAGUAGUAGCGAUCCGAGCGGAAUGGACGCCAGCAGUCCCGAGGACGACGAAGAGGAAGAACCUAGCCCGACACCGUCCGACGGACCGUCGCCUAGGAAACAAGCGAGAGCUGACAGCAGCGAUGGCGAAGGGCAUUACAAAGGGAAAUCUUUGACGACCACGACCAUCGAGUCGAGUCCCGCUGAGAUCGAAGGUCUCCAUUCUGACAAGUCCGAAGGCAACGUGGAAUUGGUGAAGGAUCACUCAUCGGCGAACGUUAUUCAAGACGAAGCGAAGAACAAGCAGAGCGGAUCCGACGCAGAAGCGGAUACUGAGAAAUCUAACACGGAAGAGGCGUUCGUACAGGAAAAGAAGAAGCGGAAAAUCCUGCGCAAGCGAAAGAGACCCCAGAAGCGCUCACUGACCGCCGUUGAGAAAACCUUAGAAGACAUCGUCGGUCAAGAGACCAAUGUCAAGUCGAAGAAUCUGUCGGACGCAAGGAGUCGAACGGAAGACGUGUUGAAUGGCAGCCUGCACGUGGGCGCUUUAGCCUCCUUGGAUGAGCCGAAAAGCGUGGACGCGUUGGAUCGCGUGAAGCAACAGGCGAUGGCUUUGGACCCGAGUGAUCAACAAGUCCCUACCACGGCGGCGCUUCUGAGACGUGCCAACAAAAACAAGUACAUGCCAUCUUUGGUGGGUUAUAACGGGAUUGAUCGAGCGGCCGAAUCGGCGGAUAGUUCGCACGACGAGGACGACAGCGAUGUAGCGGGUGUGCUCGCCGCCGCGGACGGCCCCGGUGCGGUGAUAUCCGAACUCGCCGGUCUGGUACACGCGACCGGUCCUACAUUCUUACCGUCAGGUUUGGACGAGAUGCUAUCGGAUGAGGAGGGCUCGUACAGCAGUAGAAUAUCAAACAAGAGUGAGAAGAACAUGGCUGAUUUUGACGGCGAAGAGAGCGGCUGCGAAGAGGAGCUCGCUCAAUUAGCCGCUCGUCACCUCACCGCCAUACAAAUGCAGGCUUACCAUCCGCAUCAUUCACAUUCGACUAUGACGAUCAGAAGAGCGGUAUGUCAACCGCCGCAGGUACGAACCAUUCGACAAUCGGUCGCGAGACUGAGCUCACAAUUCAACACGGAAACUGUCUGCAAGCCCGGCAAUACGUUGCUCUGGGACCUCCUGCAAGACGACAAAAUAGGACAAUUGGGUGAGGGCUUGGCGUCGGAGGCCGAGAAAGCGUUGUGCAAUCUUUUGUGCUUCAAUGUCGAUCAAAAGAUCCCGGAGAAAUUCAUCGAGGGUUGUCUGGAGAAUCUGGCGAUGAACCGCUCCGUGGUUAUCUCGCUAAGAUUAUUGCCGAAGCUGCUGGCGAGUUUUCAACAAGUGAGUCCGAUAGCGGAGCCGUAUAAAGCGAUGCUCCAGGCCAACGACGACGGUAUGAUGAAGUACUUCUUCAGCAAUCUGAAAACUUACAUGAGCACAGGACCGAAGAGCAAUCUAUAUUCGCAUCAAACGGAGAUACAAGUCAGGCUACAAUUUCUAUCGUCAAUUUUCUCGCCCUUGGGCUCGCCGGAGACCUUCCGCUUAAGUCUGGAACAGGUGGACAUACUGUGGCAGUGCUUGUCGCAGGAUCCGACCUGUGCGGACGAACUUUUCAGCUGGCUGCUUAGCCAAGCGAAGUCCACGGAACAGCACGCUUUAGGGAUGGACACCCUCAAGCAUCUCUGUAUACGCAAAUUACCGAGCUUACCGGCGGAAACCAUCAGUAUGACGGGCUUGAGUCUAUUUCAGCAAUUGUGCAACUUGGCGCGUCUGGCCGCGACGCACUACAACGGGCUACCGGAAGGGGACUUUGUGGGUAUGGAUUUUCUGUGGCGGAUCGCACUAAAGGCCAAGAGCACGGAUGUCAGUAUGGCGGCUAUACAGUAUAUCAACGCUUACUACAUGUCGCAGCAACUUAAGUACGAGGCGGAAUUCGUUUCUCAGUGCAUGACGCAUCUCGCGGCAGCCAGCGCCGACCUUGAGACCAACGAAGAGGCGAGUUUACGCUGCAUACAACGCGCCUUGCUCUUGCUGAGGACACAUCUGGAGGCUUUUCGGAAACGUUAUGCCUAUCACUUGCGCCGUUGGAUGUUGGAGGGCAGAGGCGCUGGUAGUUACGUAGCCAUGAACACUUCCGACAAGGGCCAACAACUGCGGAUUUUCGUGCAGCCGGCUGGUAUACCUGAAAAGAUGAGCUUUAUUCUCCUUAAUACCGACUACGUGGCCGACUUAAGAGCUGAAGUUGCCAAAUGGUGGGACGAUACGCAGAACACUCAAGAGAAGUCCGCGUCUUCCGGCCAGAACGCCCGAGCGCCGAACAGCGGCUCGGUUCUGGGAUCAUUGCUCACCGACGGUCCAAUCAGGAUGAUCACCCAGGGUCAAGAACUGACGAUCGACUUCGAUGAGAAGACUCUGCAGGAGAUGGGUUUCAAGGACGGACAAUUAGUAUUUAUUUCACCCGGCGCCAGCAGGGGCAGCGCGAGCCGUUGCGCAGGCAAAUUAGCGCGGGAGGCGGAAUCACCCUCGAUGAUACCGCCCCCGUCAACAGACUCCUUUCCGACGUUGCUGCUGCUGCAGCCGCAGUACUUUGAGCAACUGUUCACGCUCAUGAGGACCCUUAGCGCCAUGAGAACGACCGUGAAGGGCGGUCAAGAAAUACCGCACACGAAGGCCCAGGUGCUCUCGCGGAGAGUUUGGGACACGCUGACCCUCUUACCGACCAGUCCAACUUUGCUGCGAGGCUUCCAGAAGCUCGAUGAGGCGUCUCUACAGGAAUUGUUCGAUCCGGCUAGUCCGCAGAAAUUGAUGUACUCUUUGUACAUAGUCGAGUCCCUGGGUCGACGCGGCGCGAUGAGUCAGCCGUUGACGAGCAACAAUCCCAUCGUAACGAGCGCAGCGUCGCACGAGGGUGGCGGUGACGCAGAUGACAAUCAUGAUGACAGGGAGAAAGACGUCGCCUGGUCCACGUUGUUUGUGCAACAUGGCGGAUUGCGGCAUCUCUUCGAUAUCUUCAUGUCUGGCUGUCUGGAGCAGGGAGACGGCAGCGAGUGGCAACAGGAUUGCCUGGCCAGUCUGCUAAAGCAAUUGUGUCAUCUCGGGGUUGUGAAGGACGAUAAGAAGCGCCAGAAGCCCGACAAGCUGCUGGUACCGAAGCUCAGCGAAGCAAUGCUGCGGAUGAUGAACGUCGACACCGUGAUGUCGCGGAUAACCAGCAUCUUGAACGACGCUUCGUUGCCACUUGAUCCGAAUCACUACAAGACCGGACUUUUUGGUCGCUCGCAGGUGAUACAUUACGUGAUGGCCCUGCUCGUCUGCUGGGUACACAGUGACCCGGCGGUCAGACAAUACCUUUUCUCGUCGUCUGAGCCGUUUGGAAAAACGUGGCUGCGCAGACUAGUGCUGGAAGAUCCGGAGCCGGCAGUGAGACGUGAGGUGUGUACAGGUUUGUACAAGUUGUGUCUAGGUACCACCGGCGCAGAGGACGACGCCACGGACGUUCCGGGUCUGUUGGUGCCCAUGCUGAACACCCUGCUGGAGCAUCUGGUGAUCGCCGAGGCGAUGCAGCCCUCUCACCGCAAGCCGGACUUACCGCUGCACCUGCAUCCCGUGUUGGACGACGGGAAGGAGCCAUAUGGGCCUGCUUGUCGGGACUUCUUCUGGCUGCUAUGUCGCCUGGUGGACUCCUUACCGAAGACGAGCAGCUGUACACCCGCUCACAACGCUACGCUGUUGGUCGAGCUGGCGAAGUCAACGACACCUGCGACGAUACGCGAAGGCCAGGACGACUCCUCCAGCGCCACCAGCAUCGACCUGGAGGCAUUGGCGAUACGAGUGAUCGAUUCUGUACUCAACAGGGAGCACUUGGAGACGCGGCACAACACGGUAGAGGACGAUGCGCUGGUCGGCUUGCUGAAUCUCACGUGCAACAUCAUGGCGCACAAUCCGCCCUGCAAGCAAGGCAAGAUCGGGCAGAAUCUACUGGACGAGGUGUUUGACUUCUUGUUUGCAUUGCCGAAUCCGCGCAGCAAGCAUGUGCCCAAAUGCAAGAGCCAAGUGUCCAGGUCCGCUGCGUUUGAUCUGUUGGUCGAGCUGGUGAAAUUCGCGCCUGGGAAUUACCGGAUACUGCACGAAAAGCUGCUCGCGCAGCACCGCCCUGGACCGCACUCGCCGUAUCCGUGGGAUUAUUGGCCGCACGAGGACGGACGUUCCGAUUGCGGCUACGUCGGCCUCACGAAUCUGGGCGCGACGUGUUACAUGGCCAGUUGCAUGCAGCAUCUAUAUAUGAUGCCGCAGGCGCGCGUCUCUAUUUUGGGCGCCGAUUGCAAUCGUGCGAACAAACACCAGCUGACGCUGCGGGAGCUGCAACGGAUGUUCGCUUACCUGCUAGAGUCCGAGAGGAAGGCGUACAAUCCGAGGAGCUUCUGCCGCGUAUACACAAUGAACCACGAGCCGCUCAACACUGGCGAGCAAAAGGACAUGGCUGAAUUCUUCAUCGACCUCGUCUCCAAACUGGAAGAAAUGACGUCAGACUUGAAGAACCUGGUGAAGACGUUGUUCUGCGGCGUGAUAUCCAACAACGUCGUUUCUCUUGAUUGCGAGCACGUGAGCAGGACCUUGGAGGAGUUUUACACGGUCCGAUGCCAAGUAGCGGACAUGCGGAAUCUCUACGAGAGCUUGGACGAGGUGACAGUCAAGGACACAUUGGAGGGCGACAACAUGUACACCUGCUCGCAAUGCGGUAAGAAAGCGCGAGCCGAGAAGCGCGCCUGCUUCAAGAAGUUACCGCACAUAUUGUGCUUCAACACGAUGCGCUACACUUUCAAUAUGGGCACGAUGCUGAAGGAGAAGGUGAACACACAUUUCAGCUUCCCGCUUCGGCUCGACAUGUCCGGUUAUGUCGAGAAGAAACUGAUGCCGCAACACUGUCAGGAUGAGAAGAAGGCGUCCGAGAAACGGAAACUCGAGAACGACGGCCAUGCGUUGCUGACGGACGACGUGGAGGAGGAAGAGGAAGAGGAGGAGAUGGAGCAUUAUCUGUACGAUCUGAUCGGUGUGACGGUUCACACUGGGACGGCGGACGGCGGGCAUUACUACAGCUUCAUCAGGGACCGCACGUCUCCCAACAAGGACAAGUGGUUUUUGUUCAAUGACGCCGAGGUCAAGCCAUUCGAUCCGAAUCAGAUCGCUGCGGAGUGUUUCGGUGGCGAGAUGACCAGCAAGACGUACGACUCUGUGACGGACAAGUUCAUGGACUUCAGCUUCGAGAAGACCAACUCGGCGUACAUGCUGUUCUACGAAUGGUGUGCCGAUCCUGGCGAGCAACCAAAAGAGGAGGAAGCCACCGUCUCGAGUCCCACCGUCACCAGCGGUCGCUCAUCUUCCUUGAUGCGCAAAGACAUGAACAAACUGCCACCGCUGGAGCUGAGUAAGGAGCUCGAAGACUGGAUUUGGCAGGAUAACAUGCACUUCCUGCAGGACAAGAACAUAUUCGAGCACACGUACUUCGCGUUCAUGUGGCAGAUCUGCGGCUACAUACCGCAGACCUUGCUCUCCAUGCAGCCGGACAUCACGGAGAUGUCCGCGGAGCUGUCCACGUCCUUCUUCAUGGAGACGUUCAUACACGCCAAGGAAAAGCCGACGAUGGUGCAGUGGGUGGAGCUGCUGACGAAGCAGUUCAACGCCUCGGCUGGCGCGUGUGCGCGCUUCCUCGAAUGCAUGGCCGGCAACUCGUGGUGGCCUAUUCAGAUUCUAGUCAAGUGUCCUAAUCAAAUGGUCAGGCAAAUGUUUCAACGGCUAUGCAUCCACGUGAUUCAACGAUUGCGCGCUACUCAAGCACCGCUGUACCUUCUUUGCGACGAGGAGAACGAUGUUAACACCGUCGGCACCCGAUCCUGCGUCACGAGAUUCGUCCGCAUGUUAUUGUCACUCAUGGAGCACGCUAAGCAGCACCUCAAGCAUCUUACCGAAUACUUCAGCUUUCUCUACGAGUUCAGUAAGAUGGGCGAGGAGGAGACCGUCUUCCUCAUCCGUGUGCAAGCCAUCUCCACGAUGGUGAACUUCUAUCUCGGCCACAAGACGCACGAGUUUGUUGACGCGGUCAGUGAGGAGGAGGAGGAGGAAGAGAUCGUCACUGUACCCACGGAGAAACUCCGUUCCGCCUCUUUAGAUAAGAUGAUUACGCUGAUAGCCACCUUGGUCGAACGCAGCAGAGGACCGGAUCACAGGCUAGCCUUGUCGCCGGCGGAUCUCAGCGCCGUCGCGGGUGGCAAGGGCUUUCCCUUUCUGUACCAACAGACCCGAGACCUCAUCAAUCUCAGCCAGACCAGGAAUUUGAUACAAUCACUGUGUCGUUGGAACGAUCGGCUGGCUAUACACGUGGUCACGAUGAUAUUUCAGGCGAUAAUGAAGCACACCGACGUGUGCCAACCGUUCUUCAAACUGUUGACUUUACUGACUGAGAGCUCCGGGCCGAGCGGUCUGCCCUGCAUGACCCAGCUGAUUCUCAGCAGGGUCUGGGAAGCGGCGAGGGUGGCUCCGCACGGUGCCCUCGAGUGGCUGGCUCUAGCGGUCACGAGGAGCAAGCUGGCGCACGCCUGGGUACUGCAAGGCCUCGACACGUGGCUGCAGCACUUCCUCCUCGAACAUUCGAAUCAGAGAGUUCGCUCGGCCGCUGCUUUUCUGCUGGUGUCGUUAGUCCCGUCUACGCACUUCCGACAAGGCUAUCGCAGCGCGCACCGCCUCGGUCUGGGCUGCAACGCCUCCAGAGAGCUUCAACUGUCGCCGGAAGCCACUCUGAUACUGCAUCAGAUCUACACGGCGCUUCUGAGGCUGCUACAACCCGCGAGACAUUACAUCGACAUACAAACUCAUGGUACAAUGAAGCUCACUGCCUAUUUCGCAUUGCUCACAUACUGCGUAGUCUCUAAGACCGAAAAAUUAAUGUUCGGCCAAUAUCUUAAUGAUCUGUGGACCCUCUUUCAUCCGAAGCUCUCGGAACCUAGCAUUCCGGUGCAUCAUAACAAACAAGCGGUACUCCUGUUCUGGUAUCAUGUUUGCUCCAAUUGUCCGGAGAACGUCGCUAUGAUACUUCACAACCCGCAUAUAACGAAAAACAUUGCAUUUAACUACAUACUAGCCGAUCAUGAAGAUCAGGAUGUCGUCCUGUUUAAUAGAGUCAUGUUACCCGCUUAUUACGGCCUCUUGAGGCUUUGCUGUCAACAAUCGCGCACUUUCACAAGACAAUUAGCUGCUCAUCAAAAUAUCCAAUGGGCUUUCAAGAAUAUCACACCUCAUCCUACUCAGUAUUCAACCGCGGUGGACGAAUUGUUCAAACUGAUGCAACUGUUAGUCCAGAGGCAUUCCGAUCAAACAGAACAAGAGGAAGCGGAAAUUGCGUCGUUUAGAAGAGGCACAUUGUCCUCCUAUUUACAAGGGCUGGAUGGUCGGUCGUGUUGGGCGACUCUCAUCUCUGCUUUUCGAAUUCUCAUCGAGUCAGACGAUGAUCGUUUGUACGUUGUUUACAACGGUGGCCUAAGCAUGGCUCUCGAAGCGUUUCAUAUGCUGCACAUCAUGUACCACGAAGCGACAGCGUGUCACGUUGCGGGCGACCUAGCCGAGUUGAUCGCCAUCAUCGUCGAGUUGGUACGCUGCAUUCGCACCGCCAGGGACGGACCGGAUGCGAGAAAUAUCCUGGCAAACUGCAAGGAGUGGCCGGAUGUGCUGCGUAAACUGGCGACAUUGCUAAACACUUACAAUCCGCCAGACAUGAGAAAUCUGGCCAUCGACCUGUUGAAGGAGCUCGUGAUGCUCGUCCCCGCCGAAGCAAUACUGAUCUUAGCGCCAUUGCUCUCACACUGCCAUGCAGCUCUUCAAGAGUCUCACGCCGCGGUCCCGCCUGGCCCGUAUCUACCACGAAGAUCCACUCCAGCUGGGAAGAUGCCGACCAGACCCGCUAGGCCAAUGGUGCAGAUGGCAGUGCCACAUUCGCAGCUGGAAGCGUCGAAGGGAGUUGAUCCAGAAUACGACAGCGCGUUGUUAGAGUUCUAUCUACCUUAUCACGAACUGAUAGAUGUCAUGUGCAGAUUAGCGAUCAAUAAUGACUGCAUGACGGAUACGCUGGUGAAUCUGAGCGCCAUGCUCGGCUUCGAGGGUGUCCCGCUGCACUUGGCUCUGUUCCCCAGACUGUGGCUGGACGUGCACGCUACUGCGCACAUAGACAGGAAGCACAUAGCGUCUCUCAUUUGCUCUUCUUACACGGUGGACUACGUGGACGCAGUGUUGUUGGACGAGAGAUCGUCGCUGGGUGUGCCGGCGAUACACGCCUUCCUCAAGACCUUCUUCCCGAAGCUGGCCAGCCACGUGCUGACCGAGCAAACAUGCUUACUCAUCGACAAUCUCGUCACUUCGAUGACAACGAUGGUGGAGGCAGUGGACGUCGAGACGUCCGCACAGAGGCUCACCGGCGACCUACGCGCCUUGGCGCUCGUCUACAGCAGCAGCACAAGACUGAAGCCGCCUACUACUUUGUUGCCGGCGUUGGAAACUCUGUUGUCGCGUACACGGACUAUCACGGUGAAAAAGAGCGGUUCUUCCGAUAGCGAGACACCCGCCAAGAAGCGCAAGCUCGUCAACGACGAUAGUGAGCCGCCCGAUAAGGACUUGCGCGUCGUGCAGGUGAAGGACGGCAUGGAGAACAGCAUGUCGUCAAAGCCGGAGGACAAGGCGGACAUGAUGAAGCACGGCGCGAUGUCUUCCGAACCUGACGACGACAAGGCCGCUGUCGCCGUUACCGCCACCCGGCAGAAGUCGGGCAACGUUCAAACGGAGGCGAUCGCCAGCGGCAUCAGCAACGUGUCGCCGAGCUUGGUCACCACCGCGAAUGCCUGUACAAAUCAGUUGCGCUGCACCUUGACUAACGUCUCGUGGCUCGAGAUGCUCGAGAGCACCAUCGUCGAUCUCCAGAUGAUCGUGCAAGUGCAGAGCAAGAAUAAUUAAUUUUCACCCCGCGUUCGAUGUAGAACGAUCCUGCGAACGAACGGUGCGUCGCAUAGGCAGGUGGAAUACGUACGAUGACGAUGAUGAUUAUGCGGCACUGACGUUGUUGCCCCUAGAAUUCUAACGUUCCCCUGCUCUCACGUCUUAUGUAUGUGUGUGUACGUGCGCGCGCGCGUAUGUGUGUGUGUGUAUGUGUGUGGGGGAUGUGUGCACGCGUGCGUGUACAGGGUGUGUGCGCGCGCGCGCGUGUGUGUGUGUGUGUAUGUAUGUUGUGUGUUCGUACGUCUUGUGUAUGAUCUUACGUCGAUAGUCUACGUGCUAACGUGAAUUCGCGCUCCUUCGCAAAAAUCGGAUGUAACUUAAUAUGUGUAAUAAUGUCGUAAAGGGAGAUAAAAAAAGUAUAUGUACCGACCGCGAUUUACUUUCCAAAUAUAGAAGGAUAUGAAGUAUUUUCAUUAUGAUUUAAGUUGCGUCACAUGAAACGGCACAUGAAAACAAACCUGACAGGGAGAGAAGGGGGGAGCCAUGUCGUGUGGGAUUGGGUAUCCGGGACUGAAUAAUUUUCGAACUGAAAUGUUCGUUAGUUCUGUGAGAUUUCUGUCUCGCUGGGCAAACCGAUAAACGUGAUGCGCGCACUCGAACGUGCAAUAAAUAAAUAUAAAACCAUCCAGUAUUGAAAAGAGCGCGAAGUAUAUUAAGUCUUAAGGUACUCUUCAAACGCUACAAACGCUGUCGAGGGGACAACUUUCGUCGACACAUCGUAAAUUAUUUCUACGGUUUCACGCUACACUCGCGUGUCUCACUCCUCUAUGUGUGUGUAUGUGUGUGUAUGUGUGCGCGUGUGCUCGCCUGUGUAUCUGCCUCUACUGCUGUGUGUGUAUGUGUGAGUAUAUGUACAUGUGAAAGGGAUCUCACAGGGUUUUUCGCAAAGAAAAGAGAAGAAAACGGAAGUAAGGAGGAGCACGUGCAAAAUCGUCCGUCGAAAUGUCUGUCACGGUCGUGUGAUAUCACGUCGCUGCUGGCAUACACUCGGCCCGUCUCUCGUUUCGACAUAUCCUUCCAUUGUUCUCUCGCGUUUUGCAACCCGCCCUUAUUUCGAGAACAAAAAUCGACCUGCCAGGUCGUUCUACUUCGCGCAAUUUCUCCAGAUAUUGGCGAUUUCGCUCUCGAAAUUUGUAAAAAAGAAAGAUCGACGUUAUCUCGCUCGUUUCCCUUCACCAUCGUUAGACCACCGUCGGAGAAGGGAGAGACAAAGGAGGAUAAUCUAUCGAUACAUAUGAAUAUGAUUUCGGUUCGAGCUCGAACUUGGACUUUUCAUUUUUACAAAUUCUCGUAGAGACUUAAGUUCUUAGUGAAGUAAUAGCGUAGGAUUAAAGUAAAAUUCGCUAGCGUAUUUAUUUAUUUUCGACCAUCGCCGUGCGCGUGCGGACGAGCGCUGUAAAUCCUUCCGGUGAGCCGAGGAACCCUUUCUCUCCUCCUUGUUUCGUCACCGUCUCGAUCAACUAUUCGCGCAGCUUACUUUCGUCAAUUGUCCAAUCGUAGCUUUCUCUUUUCAUGUCCGCCAGCUAGCUCUCUCAGAUCUCCAUGUAUCGUAGGAUAUCUCACCUAACGAACAAACGGUCGUAAGACAUGAGAGACUUCCGAAAAGCGCGUUUUCGUCGACGACGUAUCUUGAUUCCCGCGAACCUGCCGCGAAGACGCCUCGCUCUUGAGGAGAAGCGAACAGUGUUUUUCUCCUUUCCGUUGAAAUCCAUUGAUUCUCGUCGAGUAAUGGCACUAAGAGAUGCAUCAUCUCGUUUGAUGUAAUCCUCUUGUGUUCUCGCGACUUCUAUCAGCAUUUUUCACCAAACAAGCACGAAGUUCAAGCGUAAGAUAACACCAUUUGUAUAUUACCACGACACACACACGCUGACUCGGCCGUUCAACAGAGAGAUAAAGAGAGAGAGAGAGAGAGAGAGAGAGAGAGAGAGAAGAACUCUUUCCCGCACCAAUGCUAAAUUCUCACUCUCAUCCCCUCAUAGGUGUUUCACGAUAAGCAGUGACCUUGUAUGUUUGUCGAAAUUCAAAUAAACACGAACUCGUUCAAUAGAUAUCGCGCGAGAUGAAAUCGAUGAACGAUCGCUUUAUCCGCUUCAUGCAAUAUAUAACUACCUUAAGUGUCGCUAACGUUCGAUGUAUGAUUGUGAUUGAAAAUCAGGAAAAAAGAACAAGUAGAAGAAAUAUCGGCUCUCUCUCUCUUUCUCUUUCCCUCUCUCUAACUUUAUCCAAUUUCUAUCUAUCUACUUUUCUUUUUUCUUUCUUUAAAUCUGUCCCUCCAUCAGGCAAUGUGUUCACUACAUCCAUAUGAUUCGAUAUUCAAUCUGAAUAAUGUCAAUAAUCGCGCGAAUUCAUCAGCGACAAACUGAACGAUGACGCGAAUCAUCCGUGCAUGAUUCUCUCUUUGAACAUGCUCUUCCAUGCUGAAAGAGGAAAGAAAAGCGAGUUCAAAGUUGCGAAAGGGAAAGAAAAAGAAAAGAAUAAGUCACCAUCGGAAGGUAUGAAGUAAGAAACGAAUCAUUUGAUCAUUUGAUUCGCAAUCAAAUUUACCCGAUUAACACUUUACAUCCGAUGAAUUUAAGGGAUCUUGAAUUUAUAUCUUUGGUGUUAUCUUAUCUGUAAAAUACUAUAUCCGUUAAUAUCCUGAAUAUGAAGUAGCACAAAAUUAUUUUGAGAUUAUCUCUCGAGAUUAUCUUGAAAUUAAGAUUGACCAGAUUGUAUCCUGGAUAUACUGAGGAGUGUCCUGGAGCCUCCUGAAUACAUCCAGAAUAUUUUGCACUAUCUUGGAUUUUAUCUGCCAGUAGAUAUUUAAUAGAUAAAAUUUAUAAUAGACUUAACGCCAUCGUGCAAGAUCUAUUAAAUUGUACAACUAAAUUCGCUUCGUUUGAUGUGACCGAUUGAUAAUUGUUGAUAAAUUCAAUCCACGUACGAAUAUUGCGUCUGGUGAACGCGUUGCUUGCAGAGUUCUAUCGUCUUCAUAUGAGAUACUAGAAGAGUGAUGUUUAUUUUCUAUUGCUGAACUGAUGUAUGCUUUCAGAAUUUCGAAAGAGAUGUAUGUACAGUUGAGACUUACUCGAAGAAAGAGAAAAGGGGAAUUAGUGCAAGGUAGAGUAUAAUCAGUUUAACAAUGGAAAACAUUGCUCUAUGUACUACACACGCAUGUGAAACACAAAAGUUCAAAUUCGCUUAGAAGAGCGGAUUUUCCGAUGUCACAGGCCGAGAAAUUUCUUUUAUCUUUUUUUAAUUAUCAAUCACACAUCAAUGAUUAUCUCUCGCGUAAUGUGUGAUAUAUACAAGUCGUAAGUGUGUGUGAGUGUGUGCGUGCGUGCAUGUGUGUGUGCGUGUAUGUGUUUACCAAUUAUAAUAUAUAUAUAGGAGAUUAUACAAGGAGGAACAGAGAGAAUGCGGGAUGAUAGUAGGCAUAUAAGCGAGAAAUGCAUAAACCAUGAAAGGCGCGAUCACGUAAGCAUUUACAGAACUUUACGUGUUUAAUUGAUAAAAAUUUCGAUAACGACGUAUAUUACCGAGGGCCACAGAGAGUUGUGCUGUCCGACUUUCUCGACUCUUUUCGAUGAUAACGACGACGACGACAUCAUGACGAGCAGUCGACGAUUUAUAAACGAUGUAUGUAUUAUGACGAAUGAAAGGCGCUCAUACUCGGUGGCGAACUUGAAUCAAGACUGUAAUAACAAACAAAUUUUUCGAGCGUGUUGUGAGAUUCGUCUUCUCUUCUCUUUUUCGUUUCCCGAUCGUUCUUAUCCGUCGUCGCGAAACUUCUUACCGAAGAAGCUGUAUUUCGUCAGAUUUGUAUCUUCGACAUGUGUUUACAUUUGCGUAUCCAUUAUCAUUAAGAUGUAUAGUUUUUCGAACGAUAAUAAAAAUAUCUUGAUUUUAA